ACGCCUUUUCUGGGCUAUGCCUCCAGGCCAGCUGCCCGCAGGCAGGACGUGGUCAUCCCAAGUGAGCGCAGAGAGGACCCCAGGACCCCACUGGCUGCUCUGGGUCUGCCCCUUGCUGCCCCUCGCAUCUUCAGCUGCUGGGAGAAUGCAGAGUCCGCCCGCUGGUCAUUGUGAGCGUUCGGAGUCGUGGGAAUGCCCUGCUCACCUCUCGAGAUGGCCGUCAGGACCCGCUUCCUUCCUUCUCUUCGCUUCCUCGCAGGACCGUUGACUCCAUUGUCUUCUCUUUUUCCUGCGGAUGUGUCGUCUCCCCUGUUCCCCGCGGUGCCUAUGGGGGUCUCGGCACACGGGGAGGGCCAGACAGCGCUGAGACCGGCCGGAAGAUGCCUGCCAGCCGCGGCGACGUUUCCUUCUCUGGCGUCGGCUGAAACGUCCAGCGUUGUUGACACGUGAAGUGUAUUUGUGGACGUGUCCUUGCUGGCCUGGCUCCAGGGUCCCAGGAGCGAAGCCUCAGCAUCUGCAGCAUGGACCAGCGAGGGCCGCCUGCCCCCGCUCCGGAAGAAAGCGAAGUGAAAUACGACACUAACAACAACGAAGAGGAGGACGGAGAGCUGUUUGAUUUUGACAGCGGAGAUGAGAUUCCAGAAGCAGACAGGCAAGCCCCGGGCGCCCCCACGGAGAGCAACGCAGGAGCCGCCUCCGAGGCCAGUGCUGCCCCUGAAGCCACUGCCGCCACCGGGGCCAAUGCCACCGCCGAGGCCAAUGCCACCACCGGGGCCAAUGCCACCGCUGAGGCCAAUGCCACCACCGAGGCCAACGCCAGGGCCGACACCGGCUCAGGAGGUGAAAGCGGGUCAGGAACAGACACAGCUGCACCGGUGGAGCCGACUAAACUUGUGGCCCCAACCAGAGUCAACCCCUACUCCGUCAUUGACAUCACGCCCUUCCAGGAAGACCAGCCCCCACCCCCAGACCCGGAGGCCGAGGACGAGAGUGUGAGCCUGCACGUGCCCAGCGGGUACUCGGUGCCCGUGCCCUGUGGCUAUGCCGUGCCCUGCAGCCUGCCCCUGCUCCUGCCGGCCUACUCCAGCCCCGUCAUCAUCCGUGCCACGUCUCUGGACGAAGAAGCAGAAACCCAGGAAGUCGCAGAAGACAGCCAGUUUAAUUCUCUAAGUUCCGAGGAUCCUCCAAACAGUGAAGAUCGAGGCCAUAAAGAAGACAGCGCCCUCGCCCGAUGGGUUGCAGAUCCGGCCAAUACCGCGUGGAUGGAGAAUCCAGAAGAAGCCAUUUACGAUGAUGUGCCAAGAGAAAAUUCAGACUCUGAACCAGAUGAAAUGAUUUAUGAUGAUGUUGAGAAUGGAGAUGAAGGUGGAAACAGCUCUCUGGAAUACGGCUGGAGUUCAAGUGAAUUUGAAAGUUACGAAGAGCAGAGUGACUCGGAAUGCAAGAACGGGGUCCCCAGGUCCUUCUUGCGCAGCAACCACAAGAAGCAACUUUCCCAUGACCUAGGCCGUUUAAAGGAGCACUAUGAGAAAAAGAUGAGAGACUUGAUGGCAAACACGGUGGGCGCAGUAGAGAUCCAGCAGCUAAAGCAAAAACAUGAACUGAAGAUGCAAAAGCUCGUGAAGGCUGCAAAGGAGGGCACGAAAGACGGGCUUGAGAAGACGAAAGCCGCCGUGAAGAGAGGCCGCUCCUUCAUCAGGACCAAGUCUUUCAUUUCUCAAGAUCACAGAUCUGGCCUGGAAGAAGAGCAGAACGUGUUCAUUGAUGUGGACUGCAGGCACCCGGAAGCCGUCUUGACCCCCAUGCCUGAAGGUUUAUCUCAGCAGCAGGUCGUAAGAAGAUACAUCCUGGGUUCCGUUGUCGACAGUGAAAAGAACUAUGUAGAUGCUCUUAAAAGGAUUUUGGAGCAAUAUGAGAAGCCGCUGUCGGAGAUGGAGCCGAAGAUCCUGAGCGAGAGGAAGCUGAAGGUGGUGUUCUACCGUAUCAAAGAGGUGCUGCAGUGCCACUGCCUGUUCCAGAUCGCGCUGGCCAGCCGCGUGGCCGAGUGGGACGCCGUGGAGACCAUCGGAGACGUCUUCGUGGCCUCGUUCUCCAAGUCCAUGGUGCUGGACGCGUACAGUGAGUAUGUGAAUAAUUUCAGCACAGCUGUGGCCAUCCUCAAGAAGACAUGUGCGACUAAGCCGGCUUUUCUCGACUUUUUAAAGCAGUGCGAGGAGUCGAGCCCGGACCGCACCACACUCUACAGCCUCAUGAUGAAGCCCAUCCAGAGGUUCCCGCACUUCAUCCUGCUGCUCCAGGACAUGUUGAAGAAUACAUCCAAAGGACAUCCCGACAGGCUGCCCCUCCAGAUGGCGCUGACGGAGCUGGAGACGCUCGCGGAGAAAUUAAAUGAAAGAAAAAGAGAUGCUGACCAACGCUGUGAGAUUAAGCAGAUCGCGAAAGCCGUGAACGAGAGAUACCUGAACAAGCUUCUCAGCAGUGGAAAUCGAUACCUCGUUCGAUCUGACGAUAUGAUAGAAACAGUUUACAACGACAGAGGAGAGAUUGUUAAAACCAAAGAACGCCGGGUCUUCAUGCUGAACGACGUGCUGAUGUGCGCCACGGUCAGUGCCCGCACCUCGCACGACACCAAUGCUGUAAUAUCAACCAGCCAAAGGUAUUUAUUGAAGUGGAGUGUUCCUCUUGGACACGUGGAGGUCAUCGAGUACGGCAGUAAGGACGGCGCAGGAGAAAACAGCAGGUGUCCGCCGGUGCACCCGCCCGAGAGCCUGGCCGUGGUGGCCAACGCCAAGCCGAAUAGAGUUUACAUGGGGCCGGGACAGCUGUAUCAGGAUUUGCAAAACCUGCUGCACGACUUGAACGUAGUCGGUCAGAUCGCCCAGCUGGUCGGAAACCUUAAAGGCAACUAUCAGAACUUAAACCAGUCAGUCGCCCACGAUUGGACGUCAGGUUUACAAAGACUGAUUCUGAAGAAGGAAGAGGAAAUCAGGGCCGCCGACUGCUGUCGAAUUCAGUUGCAGCUCCCGGGGAAGCAGGACAAGUCUGGGCGGCCCACUUUCUUUACAGCUGUGUUCAAUACCUUCACGCCCGCCAUCAAAGAGUCUUGGGUCAACAACCUACAGAUGGCCAAGCUGGCCCUUGAGGAGGAGAACCACAUGGGCUGGUUCUGCGUGGAGGAUGACGGGAAUCAGAUAAAGAAGGAGAGACACCCUCUGCUCGUCGGGCACAUGCCGGUGACGGUCGCCAAGCAGCAGGAGUUCAAGAUCGAAUGUGCCGCCUACAAUCCUGAGCCGUACCUGAGUGCCGAGGGUCAGCCGGAUGCGGCUUCCGCGGCCCACGGUUUCCUGUGGAUCGGAAGCUGCACCAGUCAAAUGGGUCAGAUUGCCAUCGUCUCCUUUCAAAACUCCAACCCCAAAGUCAUCGAGUGUUUCAACGUGGAGUCUCGCAUCCUGUGUAUGGUCUACAUUCCCGCGGAGGAGAGGCACCGGGAGCCCGGCACGGCCUCGGAGCCCGAGAGUGCGGCCGUGAGGGCGUCCGCUGUUCCCACCAUCUGCUUGGGGACGGAAGAAGGGAGCAUUUCCAUUUACAAAAGCAGUCAGGGCUCCAAGAAAGUGCGACUCCAGCACUUCUUCACUCCCGAGAAGUCCACCGUCCUGAGCCUGGCCUGCAGCCCCCAGAGUCUGUACGCCGGCCUCGUCAACGGGACCGUGGCCAUCUACGCCAAAGCCCAAGAUGGGUCCUGGAAUUCCGAACCUCAAAAAGUGAUCAAAUUAGGCGUCCUGCCAGUUAGAAGUCUGCUGCUGAUGGAGGACACGUUGUGGGCGGCUUCCGGAGGCCAAGUGUUUGUCAUCAGCGUGGAGACUCACACAAUAGAGAACCAGCUCGAGGCCCACCAGGAGGAAGGCAUGGUGGUCUCUCACAUGGCCGUUGCCGGCGUGGGGAUUUGGAUCGCCUUUACGUCCGGGUCCACACUCCGCCUCUUCCACACGGAAACCCUCAAACAUCUCCAGGACAUCAACAUCGCCACCCCGGUCCACCACAUGCUGCCAGGGCCCCAGCGGCUGUCCGUGACCAGCCUGCUCGUCUGCCACGGCUUGCUGAUGGUUGGCACCAGCCUGGGUGUCGUGGUGGCCCUGCCCGUCCCCCGGCUGCAGGGGAUCCCCAAAGUGACCGGAAGGGGCAUGGUGUCCUACCACGCACACAAUGGGCCUGUCAAGUUCCUGGUCGUGGCCACAGCUGCCCUCAAGACAGACAAGGACAAGCCCAGGGACAGCCCGCCCCCCGGCGUGGACCCCCAGGAUGAAGACCAGAAGGACGCGCUCCCCAGCGAGGGGGCCGAGCCCGGCCUGAGUCAGGGCAGCACCGACGCCAUUUGGCUGGGGGGUUCGUUGGGCUCCAUGACCCACAGAAGUGAUUUCUCAUCCUCGUCCGGGUCCCUGACGCCAUCCCAGGGCUCCGGCUCCCUGGAACCCAGGUCCGAGGAGAGCAUCAUCUACGACCUCCUGCGGCACCCCAACAUCUCGCCGAGUAGAGGGCGGCGGGCCAGGAAGGCGAAAGCCAGCUCUGUGCUGGUGGCGUGCGGCGGCCAGGGCCACCGUCGGGUGAGCAGGAAGGCCAGGCAGCAGCGCCCGGAGGAGCUGGCCUCCUCUGUCAUGGUCUGGCAGAUCCCCCUGCUCAACGUGUGAGCUGAGCACCCGCUUCCCGGCGUCGGAAUCCAAAGUCAAGGAUGACUUUUCUGCCAAGUCAGGUCACCAGAGUGAUUUAGGCCGUGUCUACACUGGUUGAGGGUAAAUUAAAAACCAUCCUUGGGGAAGAAAAGUGCAAUAUCAGGAUGGCGGCAUUUUCCUGCCAGUUCGUUGCUUCUCCUGCAGCAGCAGAACUGAGUACAAACACUUGUGAAGACGGCAGAAGAUCAGAAGAUCAACGCUGGGUUUGAGUCCUCGUAAGUUCUGGGAAGAGACAUUCUGGGUGAGCUCUGCAGUCCGUAUAUAUAAAUACGGAAUGCUCCAGACCUAUCCUGUUACUUAGACCAUUUGCAGACUAAGAACUUAUGGGAAAAUACAGCAUAUUCAGUAGUGUAGGAAUUUAUUAACAAUUUUUAAAAUAAUUCUACAUGAUUCAGAUUCACUGCUUUUAUUUAUAUUGUAUAUCUUUUAAUUCCAGAAUAGAAUUUGCAACAAUGAAGAAAGCCAGGUAACAUGCACCAGUCCAGAGGGUGUUUCUGGCUUUCUGAUGUAAGCUGGGUUUUCCAAAGUGGUAUAAUAGGUGUAUUGUAUAUUUUAACAAAGUAGUAUUUUUAUAUUGCAUUUUUCUAUUAAAAAUUAACAGUUAAUAUUUUAGUCAAUAAAUUAUCUGUAACAUUACCCAAAUAAUGUUUGCUUGGAACCAAAAUGCUCAUUACUCAUCAAUGUCUAGGCUCGAGCGUCCACGCCAAAAUAUUCUUCCCUUCUUCUAUUCAAUAGUGUUAGUAUCCACGUUAGAAAAGGAACGUUUAGUGUUGUAGGAAAUGGACGGGAAGUGUCUCAGUUGAUUAUUUCAUGGUCUUUCUUGCACCUGUUGACCUGCAACGCUGUGUCUGUUUUUGAAUAUGCCUUCUGAACGACUCGUGGUGCUAGUCAGUGUGGCUGUGCCAUUGCUGGCGGUGGGACACAGGCCAAGACAGGUGACGCUCUGGUCAACACAGCCCAUCGUUUUGACGUCCCUUCGGCAAGUGCACAUAGAGCCAGCCCACAUUGAGGUGCCUGAGCAAUUGAUGAGUUCCCCUAUGCUCCCGAUACAUUUAUUUAUCAGUGUUCUACUUAACGGAGGGUUAAAAAAAACUAAUGCAGGUGUUCCCUGGAAGUAAAUUUCUCAGCACUUUACAGAUGACUAAAAUGCUAAUUUUAAAACUUAGCCAAAUAUUUUCCAAGGUGCGUAUCUGUCCACUUGUGAAAGUAAUCCCUCCCCACGCUCUCUUAAACUGUUAGCUGCUAUCUUAUUUCAUAAAUAAAGUCUUUUUAUUUAAAAAUACAA